GACACCAAGCGAACACUGGGCGCAUACACACACAUUCGCAUACACUCACACGCUGGGCUCACCAUAUUAUCGACAGAUCCGAGUCAGGAGUACAGUCGAGGAGAGCACAUUGAAGUGGCUAAAGAGCUUCUUCUGUGAGAGGAAACCGGAGGAAAAACGCAGAAAAAGAGAAACAGAGGAAAUCCCCCGAAAGGAAAUGCCAAUCGCAGCCGCUGGACAGCCAACGACUCAGGAGCCUAGAGUGUGCCCCCGGCUGCCCUCCACACCGGAGCCUGUCCCUAAAGGGGCUGAUUUAUUCGACGAGGCGGGGGCGGCGGAGUCGGCGGAGCGAACAGAGUACGGGGGCGCGGAGGGGGGCAGAGGACUCGGGGGCUAUAGUUACAGCCAGAGCGGCGCUAGGGGCUUUGUACAGCCCGGAUCCACCAACGGCUCUCCGCCACAGUCCCCAGCCGCGUCCUCCUCUUUUCUCUUCCAUCCACUUCACCACCCCCACCAAAUGGCCAUGGAGCCCCCAAGGACUCGAUCGCGUUCUCGGUCUGGAUAUUACCAGCAGUACGGUGGUGGGAAUGGGAAUGGAAUUACCGGCAGCGGAGUCAUGGGAUCUAACCAUCACCACCACCACCUCCACCAUCAGCAGCAGCAACUACAUCCACAGCAGCAGCACGGUGCCGGUUGCGCACCGCUUGGAGCUCACAGCAACCACCCGGAGAACCAGUCUCGAGCCCCAGGAAGUAACGCCUCUUCCGGCAUUCAGAGGCUGCCUUCGGUUCCCGGAGCGCACCGCAUCCCGGCGGCAGGAGCCUCUGGCGGGUCCUACCACUGCCACCCCGAUCAUGCAUACGGAGAGGAGAGCGAUAAGAGUGAGGAAAGCCCCAGUCCAAAGCGCCAGAGGCUGUCCAGUCAGUCUGUCUUGGAACAGCUAACCUCAUCCGCCCCCCCACCAUCCACUCCAUCUCCCCCAAUCCGCCCCUGGGAGUCAGGACCCCCAAGUCGGAGACAACCGCACCCCCACACACACUACCACCAGGAGAGAUGCCUCACUCCUGCUCGGCACAGACGCAGCCCGCCAGCAAGGCGACAGCGUGGCCGUCUCUCCAGACCCACCCGUCACUUGCCUCCCCAUCACCACCCCUCCACCCAAGGCCCCGCACCUCGUCUGUCACCAUCAGAGCACCAGGAUGAAAACUACCACCACAACCUCCAUCCCUCCACACACCAGACAUACCCAACCCACACGCCCAGUGCCUACGGCCAGCCUCCCACAACUGGAGGUGCGGGCGCAAGUUUGGAGGAGCCCCGAGCUUUCCACCCUCCCACCUUGUCGCCGCGACUACUGCACCCGGCUGCUCACCACCACCACCACCCCCAUCAUCAUCAUCACCAUCAUCAUCAUCAGCAACAGCAUCACGCAACGCAACAACAGCAAGGAGCCAUGGUCAUGGACUUGCAUGAACAGCUGCAGCAGGCCAGUGUACCAGUCUCCUACACAGUGACCCCAGUCCCUCCACACGGUCUCGCAGCACCUUUGUGUAGUGGCCAGCACCUUCCCCCUACCUGUUCUUCACAACAACAAGUCCCCGCCUGCAGUGUGGUCUUCAGCACUGGACAACACUACCACCCGAUGCUACCGGCGUGUUCAAUGCAACAUUUGCCGGUGCCGUAUGCCUUUCCCUCGCUGCUGUCCAGUGACCCUCAGUUCCUGCUUCCACAUCCACCCCACCUCUCCCACCACCCACCCCAUCUCCCCACACCCGGACAGUUCCUGCCUUUCCAGACGCAGCAGCCACGAUCGCCCUUACAAAGGAUUGAAAAUGAGGUUGAGCUUCUAGGAGAGCAGCUUUCAGUAGGUGGAGGCUUCAGCUAUGCCCACCAUCACCACCACCAUCACCACCAGCCUCCCUCCACUCUGCCGCCCUCCACCCCCCUCCAGUUCCUUUCACACCAUGACCCCCUGUCGCAGGAGCUCUUUACAGUGCCCUAUCCCCACUUUAUGCCUCGACGAUUCACAAGCCGGCGAUACCGCUCUCAGCAGGCUGUACCGCCAUCACCAUACCACCCCAGCUUCCUGCCUUACUUCCUGUCCAUGCUUCCUAUGCCCCCAAAUGUGGCCCCCACUAUCAACCUAGAGCUGGAUGUAGACGACGGAGAGGUGGAGAACUAUGAGGCCCUUUUGAACCUCGCAGAACGUCUAGGAGAGGCCAAGCCCCGUGGUCUUACUAAGGCAGAUAUAGAACAGCUUCCAUCAUACAGGUUCAACUCCAACAACCAUCAGUCUGAGCAAACACUGUGUGUGGUAUGUAUGUGUGACUUUGAGUCUCGCCAGCUCCUGAGGGUCUUGCCGUGUAAUCACGAGUUCCACGCCAAGUGUGUAGACAAGUGGCUCAAGGCUAACCGAACCUGCCCUAUCUGUCGAGCCGAUGCCUCUGAGGUCCAGCGGGAUUCCGAGUGACCUCAUAUCAACACCCUGAAUCCCCGACUCCCCUUCUUGGAUGCACCAACCAAUCAAUGAACUUCUCUCCCUCUGUCGUACGCCUCCGUUCACACAUUCUGCCACAUAACUGGGACCAGUGCUCCUAUUUCCUUUCACUCUUUAUCCCCCAGGACACUGAACAGUAACUCUCACCUGGGAUCAGCAACUUUCUACUGACUUGUGCUCACUUUAUCGCUGGACUUCCUAGGCCUUCUGUUUGGACUAUUACGCCCCUACUACUCUGCCUUCUGCUCAUGGUUACCCCUUACUAAGAAUUGCCUUUGAAACACAUACACUCAGUGUCAUGUGCAGGUGGACAUAUAUAUAUAUAUAUAUAUAUAUAUAUAUAUAUACAUAUGUGUAUUUUUUUAAACUUGUUACGAGCCCUUGACAGAAAGAAAGACUUUCUUUGAAAAACGUCUGUAUAGUUGUACUAACAAACAUUUAGGGAGAAUUGGCAGUCCAAAGAUUAUAAUAAUUCCAUUGUUAUUGUUGUGGUUAUGAUUAAGCAUUCACAUCUUGGCUUGCAGAGACUGUCAUUUUUACUAAACCCAUUAUAAUUGCAGUUGAACAGUAUCAGUCCAUUUUAAUAUCUUUAUGUGUAUUCUUGCAUUCCUUGGCGUGAGAGCAGUCUGUAUGGGGUGAAACAAAGAUACUGUACACUGUAUCAAAGAGUGAGCGACUUUGGAACAGUGAAAAAUAGACUUUAUUUUCUC